AUGGGUUGGGGUGAUUUGGGAGCUUUCGGAGAGCCUUCUAAGGAAACUCCUAACUUAGACCAGAUGGCUUCAGAAGGGAUGCUUUUCCUGGAUUUUUAUACUGCCAACCCCCUCUGUUCUCCAUCAAGGGCAGCGCUGUUGACGGGCCGUCUUCCAGUCAGGAAUGGUUUUUACACCACAAAUGCACAUGCCAGAAACGCAUACACACCACAGGAUAUAGUAGGAGGAAUCCCAGAGUCUGAAUUACUGCUUCCAGAGUUGCUGAAGAAAGCUGGCUACAUCAGUAAGAUCAUUGGCAAAUGGCAUCUGGGUCACCGGCCACAGUUCCACCCCCUGAAGCAUGGGUUUGAUGAAUGGUUUGGAUCCCCAAAUUGCCAUUUUGGACCUUUCGAUAACAGAGCUCUCCCCAAUAUCCCUCUGUAUAGGGACUGGGAAAUGAUUGGCAGAUACUAUGAAGAUUUCAAAAUUGAUCUGAAGACGGGUGAAGCCAACUUGACUCAGAUCUACCUGAAGGAAGCUCUCGAUUUUAUUAGCAAGCAGCAGGCCAGCCAGCAGCCAUUCUUUUUAUACUGGGCAAUUGAUGCUACCCACGCUCCUGUUUAUGCCUCCAAACAGUUCCUGGGCACUAGUCAGAGAGGACUAUAUGGGGAUGCUGUGCGAGAAAUUGAUGAUAGCAUCGGAAAAAUCCUAAAACAUCUUCAGAAGCUGGGUAUCAGUGAGAACACUUUUGUGUUUUUCACCUCUGAUAAUGGGGCUGCUCUCAUUUCAGCUCCUAGACAGGGAGGAAGCAAUGGUCGUUUUCUAUGUGGCAAACAAACCACCUUUGAAGGUGGCAUGAGAGAGCCAGCUAUUGCUUGGUGGCCUGGACAUAUACCUGCAGGAGGGGUCAGCCAUCAGCUGGGCAACGUGAUGGAUCUGUUCACCACCAGCCUCUCCCUGGCGGGACUGCAGCCUCCCAGUGACAGACAGAUUGACGGCAUCGACCUUUUACCUGCCAUCUUGCAGGGCAAGCUAAUUGACAGGCCUAUAUUCUAUUAUCGUGGCAACGAGAUGAUGGCAGUGAGAGUCGGGCUUUACAAGGCUCACUACUGGACCUGGAGCAACUCCUGGGAGGAGUAUAGCAAGGGCAUUGAUUUUUGUCCUGGGCAAAAUGUCUCUGGAGUGACAACACAUACACAGGAGGAGCAUACUACCCUGCCACUGCUUUUCCACCUGGGAAGGGACCCUGGCGAGAAGUAUCCAUUGAGUUUUGCCAGCAAUGAAUACCAGAGGGCAAUGGAGCAAAUAUCUGUCAUUGUCCAGCAGCACAAAGUGACCAUGGUGCCAGGGGAGCCACAGCUUAACAUGUGUGACAGGGCCGUCAUGAAUUGGUCUCCUCCAGGCUGUGAGAAGCUAGGGAAGUGCCUGAAACCACCCAAGUCUGAUCCUAAGAAGUGCUUUUGGCCUCAUUGA